GGGAUUAGACUCGAAACGCCCGAAAGGACCGGCGACUGGAGCCCCCGAGCGGUGGUUGCGCUUGGUCCGUGCUGCUGGCACCAUGUCGCGGGUGUUGGUGCCCUGCCAUGUGAAAGGCACUGUAGCCCUGCAGGUGGGCGACGUGCGGACUUCCCAAGGCCGGCCUGGCGUGCUGGUCAUCGAUGUCACCUUCCCCAGCGUCGCACCUUUCCAGCUGCAGGAGAUCACCUUUAAGAAUUACUACACGGCUUUUUUGACCAUCCGUGUCCGACAACAAACUGCACCGCACACACCAGCCAGAUGGGUGACCUGCCUUCGAGACUACUGUCUGAUGCCCGACCCACACAGUGAGGAGGGAGCCCAGGAGUAUGUAUCGCUGUUCCACCACCAGAUGCUGUGUGACAUGGCCAAAGUAGUGGAGCUGCGCCUGAUUCUGCGGCAGCCAUCGCCACUGUGGCUGUCUUUCACGGUGGAGGAGCUGAAGAUCUACCAGCUUGGACCCAAGAGUCCCUCCGUGGCCUUCCCCAAGUGGCUUUCCCACCCAGUGCCCUGCGAGCAGCCUGCCCCACUCCUCGAGGGUUUCCCAGACCCCAGCAGGGUAUCCUCCAAGGUGCAACAGAUGUGGGCGCUGACAGAGAUGAUCCGGGCCAAUCACACCUCCACGAGGAUCGGCCGCUUUGAUGUGGAUGGCUGUUAUGACCUGAACUUGCUCUCCUACACUUGAGCAGUGACUCCUAGCCACAGCAUUGGCCUUUCCCGAGCACCUUCCGGGCUUGAUUUGGGCCACCACAGACUGAAGUGUGUUCCCUGUGCAUUCUGAGUGUUGUCUGCAUAGCCAUUGUGUCUGGACCACGUCACAGAUUCAAGAUCGCCGGGGGCUCACCAUCUUGCUGCAGCAUGAACUCCUGGCAGGGGUGUGCCUCUCUCUGCACUUGGCUGCUUCUGUCUUCUUCUACCCUAAAAACACUCCAAGAACUCCCAAGUGCCCUCUGCCAAUGUGCACACCCUGACUUCUGCCUGUCCCCUCACCCUGAGUGCGCUGGACUGGGAUGACCUACUCGAACCUCCUUCAUGUAACACUGCAAGACCACUGCUGCCAUAGCACUCCUGGAGAUGAGGAAGCCUGAGGAAGAAACAGAAACCCCAUUUCUUCCUCCGCAUCUUCUUGCCAACUUAUUUCCCUUUGUGUUAUGCCUACAAAGAAUAAAUUUCCUGU